GUUUGACAGCGAUGUCGUCGUCGUCGCGGCGGUGCGCACAUUUUCAAAACAAACGAGCUCCGAAGCACAUGUGUUUACGAUUGUUCCGCACCGGUGUUCCAGUUUCAUCGUGAAUAAUUCCUCGGUUUCCAGGGUAAAUUACCGCCAAUCAUGACGGAUUUCGACGUCCGCAGUGAGGAUUCCGAUUCCAGCUAUGUGUCGUACGACGAGGACGAUGAGCUACGGGAAGCCCUGGCAAAGGGACUGCUCAAGCCCGGUCUAAAUGUAAUUGCGAAGGAUCGAUCCGAACCGGCCAAUAACCCAGCCAAACUAAAAUCAGCACUGGAAUCGAUUAUCCUGAAAGCUCCCUGGGUGGAGCGGCUGGAUUUGGUGAACGACUUGGCCCCAAUCACACCGGAGCUGGCCAUCCAGAUCGAAAAGCACGAACAGAAACGCGAGAAUCAGUUCAAGGGAAACAAGAAGAUCCCGUACGUCGCACCGGAACAGGAUCCGGUGCUGAACGACUUCAAGCGGGAAAUUUUGUUUCACCGGCAGGCUCAGGCGGCCGUCGUCGAGGGCAUCAAGCGAUUGCACGACAUGAACGUUCAAACCAAGCGUCCGGAUGAUUACUUCGCUGAGAUGGCCAAAACGGACGAACACAUGCAGCGCAUCCGGAAGGUGCUGCUGGCCAAGCAGGAAGGUAUCGCCAAAUCGGAACGCGCCCGGCAGUUGCGGGAACAGCGUCGCAUCGGCAAGUUGAUCCAGCGGCAGACCACCGAGAAGCGGGACGAGGAACGGCGAAAGAUGUUGGACGACAUCAAGAAGUUCCGCAAGGGCAAACUGUCCAAUUUGGACUUCUUGGAUGAUGAUGAGGAGGGUGGCAAGAAGAAAAAGAAGGGAACGGUUCGGGGCGCAGGCGGAAAGAAGCAGGUCAAUCCGAAGAGGGCGGCCAAGAAUGCCAAGUUUGGAUUUGGAGGUAGGAAGAAGGGAUCGAAGCGGAACGAUAAGAAGUCGUUCAUGGGUGAUGGUCCCAAGAGGAAGGGAGGUGCUGGCGGCGGUGGUGGUGGUGCCGGUGGUAAGAAGCGGCUGGGUAAGAGUAGGCGAGCACAGACGAAGAAUAGGGGUAAGUGAGAAGAAUGAUUCAUAUUUUUGCGUAAAUACAUAUUUCUUUUGUCGGUAAGCUGAA